AUGCCGUCACAAAAGUGCAGUAAGUGCAUAUGCGGACAAGUUCCUUUGAAUGACGAGCAUUGCGUUGUGACAUUCAAAAAGAUUGCUGAAGCGCUUUCUAGUUUUGCACCUGCACAACCAGGAUUGUUACCGGUUGCUAAUACAGAGUAUCAAGAACGCGGUUGUGUUCCAAGUGGCUCCUUCAUAGCAUUUAUACUCCAUCUAUUCAAAACUCUUCUGGAAAUUUUUGAGAAGGAUGAGUUUGUUCGGAAGCAAACCGCUGUUUGGCUCGACGAGCCUGCUUCAAAGCCGUUGUUCGGAAGUGUUCCCCAAUCGGGUACAACCACCUCACUAUUUGGCACAGCGACUACUACAUCAGGUGGACUGUUUGGAGCUAAAACCACCACAACAACGGCAUCUGGGGGUCUUUUUGGCAGUUCGACAAGCGGAGGACUGUUUUCUAAACCGGGCACUGGUUUUGGCACGAGCGGAACAGGGUUGUUUGGCUCGAAACCGAUGACCGGUGGACUGUUUGGAUCUGCAGCUGCAGCGCAACCGGCUAUGGAAACAAAGCAGACAGUUCAAGGACUUCUGCAGGAGUCGGAUGCUCUAGUUCGUUCUCUGACGAAAGUCGAGUUGUUUGGUGACGAGCGAGAUGAGAUGAUAGCAAAGCUGAAUCAGUUGGCUGCAGCCCUAGGUGUUGGAGUUGGUUACUACAAGGAUGGUCAACAGCCAGUACAGUACACCCAAGGCGGACCUUUCCAUCGUAUCAAGGCAAUCGGAUAUAAUCGAACAUCUCAGCACACUGAUUCUGAUGGAAUAGUUGCUCUAGUAGUGAAGGCUCCAAUGACAGAGUAUCAAACAAGUGAACAAAAGCAGAAAUUCGUUGACGCAUUAUUUGUAAUACUUGGCAGUAAACCAACAAUACAUGCACACAUUGAGUCAGUAACAGCACUUCCCGACAAUUUCACUGAGAUUUGCAUCUAUGUAACGGAAAAAUUCCGUGGGCGUAUCUCAAGCAAGGACUUAGCGCAGUAUCUUAAUCAGGCCGCUCAGAAGCAGCAACUAGAAACACAGCUUAAGGUGGAUAAAGAUAAGAUUGUAUCCAGAGUCCAAAUGGACAAACAACAGAAAGAGUUGUAUCUGAGAGAUCCGCCUACAGGUUUCGAUGCUUCCGUAUGGGCACAAGCUGUGCGUGAAAACCCAGAUCCGGAAAGAUUCGUUCCGUACCCGAUUCGUGGGUUUGAGCAGUUGAGGGCCCGACAGAAAGUGCAGUUAGACAAUAUUCAAGCCCAAAAUCAUGCUGUAGAUGCGAUGAAAUCACGUAUAUCGCGUAUCGAAGCCAAUGUUUCAGCAGUUUCUGUGCAGCUUGCACGGCAGAAAGUUAUUCAAAAGCAGCUCUCACAUCGAUUACUCAGGGUCUUAUCCAUGCAGCUUUUGGCUCAACGUUUUACGCAUGGAAUCGAUGCCACUGAGGAAAGCAUGCAAUCAGCGCUUGAGUCUAUCAAUGUGCGUUUGAAUGGCCCUCAGCAAGUCAAGAGUCGAAUCGCUGAAAUUUCGGAAACUCUCCGUGUGGAAGAUGCAACACUACGAUCAGCGCUAUCGAAAGAAUCGAACUUCCUCGAUGAAGCAGACGCAUUGAAUCUCAAGAGGUAUCUGGACAGAUGUCAAGAUGGGUUGGAAAGUCUCGUUGCUGUCGUGGAGUCUAGCUUUGAUGAUAUCCAAUUGUUAAUGUCAUCCGCUGAUGCGUAA